CAAAUUACAGCAAAGUGUUAUACGGGUACAGGUAUAAUUGCGAAGGACCGGCUUUUGCGGAGAGUCAAUCCGAAGCCACAGAAAGCCAUCGCCUCAGCCAUAGAAGAGCGCAACGUCCCCUCCAGUUUUGGUUUUGUUUCUGCUACCCUGACCUGGUCUGCUGGACUUCACCAUGGCUCCAUCAGAUGAACAAUAUGCACCGCUUAGGCUGGAGGAUGAAUUUGAGGAUGAGAAGGAUGUUGGCAGUUCGGAAGAUGGUGGAGAGCGGUCUGCUGAGGGCUGUCGGUGGUGCAAAGGCGAGCUGAGGCAGACGAGGACUUCCAACUUCAACAAACUCCACAUUGCUCUGGCCGUUUUGAUCACGAUAGCGGUCUUCUUUCUCGGGUAUGCGACGAAUAUACUGGUGACCUCAAGGCAAGGACAGAAAGCACAAACGUACAGCACAGAAUUCAAGCCAGCGCGACCUGCAGCGGAGCUGGAGCAAGUGCGCUUCACCGGAUCGGCACAAUUCGACGAUGAAGGCGAGCCAUUCUUUGAUUAUGCCGAAGAUCAGGUGCUCUACACUGGCACUCCCACCAAGGCCAUGGAUCGCGCGUGGAACAAGCUGAUUAAGCAUCGAUACUUCCUUAUUGACGACAGUGAGGCUCGCGAAGCCUGGGGUCCAGACUAUGAGCAGUAUUACAGAUAUCCAGAUACUGAGAAGCGCAAGGGAGGUUACGUCGCCGGCCUCGACGUCCUUCACACUUUGCACUGCGUGAACAUGCUUCGUAAGGCAUUAUACAAGGAUUACUACAAGGAGCAUAACCAUGGAUCUAAGAAGUUCCAGCAAUACCACAUCGACCACUGUCUCGACAUCGUACGUCAGAACAUCCAAUGCAACAGCGACCUCACCCUCAUCCCAACACGGUGGUGGGAUGGCAUGGGAAAGAAUGGCCGGAACUUCAUCGACUCCGACCAAGUUCACACCUGCCGCAACUUCGGCAAGAUCCGCGAGUGGGCCUAUAACAAGUGGAAUCACAGCCACAGAGUCGGAAACAAACAUCUGCCUCCCGUGGACCUGCACCGACAUAUUGAGAACUCUCAACAUGUGGAAGAGGGUGAUGAUUAAGAUAAUGAUGUCUGUAAUGAAAGUUAAUAAAUGAUCCCAGUUUCAAAUGUAAGCCUACUACCAAGUGUGUGGCAACGAAGGCCAGUACGACCAGUUCAAAGC